CCUUUUUCUGCUUUUAACUGUUAUUUUCAAAGCAUGUCUGAGGAUAAUCUGGAGGAUUGGGAAGUGGCUGGAGAUUUUGAUGAUCUUUCCAGAAAAAAUAAGAAUAAAGCGUCGAGUGCAAAUGCCCCACAACAAAAAAAACCUGCCAACACGGCAACUACACCUAUCAUUAUUCACACGAACACUGAGGCUUCGUAUACCCACUAUAAGCCCGAGAUCAAGGUCCUAAAGCGCCCUGACCCUGGAAAGAAUGGAAGUCAAUCAGGACGAAAUGAAAAUAACAAUAAAAAGCAGCCUAUUUAUAAGACUCUAGCAGAAAAAGAAAAAGCCUAUGAAGAAGCGCGGCGAAGGAUAUUUAAUACUUAAAAUGAACAAUAAAUAAAUAGCUUUCGAUGGGUUGUGUCAC